GGGGGUGUCACCGUCACCCCCCGCGUGUGUCACCGUCACCCCACGCGUGUGACGUCACCCCAGGGUGCCAGAUCAUCCACCCGCCGCGGGACGGGGGCAUCCGGUACCGGGGGCUGACCCCCGAGGAGGUGCAGAGCGUCCGCUUCCUGCCCUUCGACUACGAGAUCGAGUACGUGUGUCGGCCCGACCGCGAGAUCGUGGGGCCCAAGGUGCGCAAGUGCCAGCGCGACGGCACCUGGACCGCCAUGGGCCACCCCAGCCGCUGCCUGAGGACCUGUCCCAAGAUGCACCUGAGCCUGGAGAACGGGCAGGCGGUGGCGCGGGCCAUGGAGCGGGUGCCGGUGGAGGGGACGUGGACCGAGUACAGCUGCAACCCCGGGUUCCGCCUGGUGGGCAGCGCCCGCAGUAACUGCACCAAACUGGGGCGCUGGAGCACCCCCAAACCCAUCUGCGAGCGUGAGUGGGGUCCCCAGGGGUGUGACCCCGGCCAGGCCACCAAGUACCUCUACGAGCUUCUCUACAACGACCCCAUCAAGAUCAUCCUCAUGCCCGGUUGUAGCAGCGUCUCCACGCUGGUGGCCGAGGCCGCCCGGAUGUGGAACCUCAUCGUGCUCUCCUACGGGUCCAGCUCCCCCGCCCUCUCCAACCGCCAGCGCUUCCCCACCUUCUUCCGCACCCACCCCUCGGCCACCCUGCACAACCCCACCCGCGUCCAGCUCUUCAAGAAGUGGGGCUGGACCAAGAUCGCCACCAUCCAGCAGACCACGGAGGUCUUCACCUCGACCCUGGAUGACCUGGACCAGCGGGUGAAGGAAGCCGGUUUGGAGAUCACCUUCCGCCAGAGCUUCUUCUCCGACCCCGCCGCGCCCGUCCGCAACCUCAAGCGCCAGGACGCCCGUAUCAUUGUGGGGCUCUUCUACGAGACGGAGGCACGGAAGGUCUUCUGCGAGGUCUACAAGGAGAAGCUCUACGGCAAGAAGUACGUCUGGUUCCUCAUUGGCUGGUACGCCGACAACUGGUUCCGCAUCAAGGACCCGGCCAUCAACUGCACCGAGGCGGAGAUGGCCGAGGCCGUGGAAGGUCACGUCACCACCGAGAUCGUCAUGCUCAACCCUGAGAACACCCGCAGCAUCUCCAACAUGACGUCCCAGGAGUUCAUUGAGAAGCUGCAGAAGCGGUUGGGCAAGAAUCCUGAGGAGACAGGAGGCUUCCAGGAGGCCCCACUGGCCUACGAUGCCAUCUGGGCGCUGGCCCUGGCCCUCAACAAGACCUCAGCGGAGCUGGUCAAGAAGGGUUUGCGCCUGGAGGACUUCAACUACAACAACAAGAACAUCACGGACGAGAUCUACCGGGCCCUCAACUCCUCUGCCUUCGAGGGCGUCUCGGGACACGUCGUCUUUGACGCCAGCGGUUCCCGCAUGGCCUGGACGCUCAUCGAGCAGCUGCAAGGAGGUGUCUACAAGAAGAUCGGCUACUACGACAGCACCAAGGACAACCUGUCCUGGUACAACAACGACAAGUGGAUUGGAGGUGCCCCUCCAGCCGACUACACCAAGGUCAUCACCACCUUCCGAUUCCUGUCCCAGAAGCUCUUCAUCUCCGUUUCGGUGCUGGCCUCGUUGGGCAUCCUCCUGGCCAUCAUCUGCCUGGCCUUCAACAUCUACAACGGCCAUGUCCGGUACAUCCAGAACUCCCAGCCCUACCUGAACAACAUGACGGCCGUGGGCUGCACCCUGGCGCUCGCUGCUGUCUUCCCCCUGGGACUUGAUGGCUACCACAUCGGGCCAGGCCUUUUCCCCUUCGUCUGUCAGGCCCGGCUGUGGCUCCUCGGGCUGGGGUUCAGCCUGGCCUACGGCAGCAUGUUCACCAAGAUCUGGUGGGUCCACACCGUCUUCACCAAGAAGGAGGAGAAGAAGGAGAAGAGGAAGACCCUGGAGCCUUGGAAGCUGUACGCCACCGUGGGGCUACUUGUGGGGCUGGACGUGGUCACGCUGAUCAUCUGGCAAAUCGUGGACCCCCUGCACCGCACCAUUGAGGAGUUCACCAAGGAAGAGCCCAAGACGGACACGGACGUCUCCAUCCUGCCCCAGCUGGAGCACUGCAGCUCCACCAAGAUGAACACCUGGCUCGGGAUAUUUUACGGCUUCAAGGGGUUGCUGCUGCUGCUGGGAAUCUUCCUGGCCUACGAGACCAAGAGCGUGUCCACGGAGAAGAUCAAUGACCACCGAGCAGUGGGCAUGGCCAUCUACAACGUGGCUGUCCUCUGCCUCAUCACGGCGCCCGUCACCAUGAUCCUCAGCAGCCAACAGGACGCGGCCUUCGCCUUCGCCUCGUUGGCCGUCGUCUUCUCCUCCUACAUCACCUUGGUCGUCCUCUUCGUCCCCAAGAUGCGCCGCCUCAUCACCCGAGGGGAGUGGCAGUCGGAGCAGCAGGACACCAUGAAGACGGGCUCCUCCACCAACAACAACGAGGAGGAGAAAUCCCGCCUCUUGGAGAAGGAGAACCGGGAGCUGGAGAAAAUCAUCGCUGAGAAGGAGGAACGCGUGUCGGAGCUCCGCCAGCAGCUCCAGGACCGCCAGCAGCUCCGCUCCCGCCGACGGUCGUCCAACCCCUCCCGGGAGGCUGACAACCAUUUCUCCCCGGGGUUAAGCUCCGCCCCCUCAGGCCCCGCCCCCUUCUACCAACCCAACCUGCCCCUGGUCCGCUGCCUGGUCUCCGAACAGGCCGACAAGCUCGGCCGGGGCAACUGCGACGGGAGCCGCGUCCAUCUCCUCUAUAAGUGACACUCCCCCCCGUGGAGGGCGGGGCUAAGAGCAGAGGGGCGGGGCUAUUUGCCGAGGGGUGGAGCUAAGUGGGGUGGGGUCGGUGGGUGGGGCUGGGCAGGGAGGGCGGAGCCUCUUGGCCUUAUUAAUUAAUUUAUUUUUUAACGCGUCUCUUUGUCUUAACCCAGGGGGGGACCUCGGCUCUGGCUGGGCCCCCCCCCCCCCCCUCCCCCCAGGGGUCCGGGGGGCACCCGCCCUCUGACUGUUGUCAGGCGGAAAACUGUGGGGUGUGGGGUGGAGAAGGAUGGGUCUUAAUUAGGGGAGGGGGAAAGAGAGCAAGGGCUGAGUUAACGAUAUGGAAAGCCCCCCCCUAAGCUCCCCUACAGUCAUCCUGUCCCUCCUACAGCCGUCCCAGCUCCUACAGCCGUCCCCUACAGC